UAUCUCCAGCUAGACAAUAAAACCCAUCAUAGACAAUCUCCGCACCUAUUCCUCUACUUUCUAACCACCUCAAUCAUCUAAUUCAACCAACAUGAACCCAUUCACUUCCCUCCUGAUCUCCCCCGCCGAGCUCCACCACCACCUCUCCAAAGCCCUCCCAACCCUCUCUCGCAUAAUCCCUAUCGCAGCCGGCAAUGGCGCCGCGCUUGCAUCUUUCGAAGCCCGGCAUGUGCCCAACUCAAUCUUCUUCAACCUCGACGCCGUGAAAGACACCACCUCCCACUACCCAAUGAUGCUACCCUCCGCCACCCAAUUCGCAACCUACAUGACCGAGCGCGGUAUCCGCAAGGACGAUAUCCUGGUCAUCUACGACACCUUCGAGACGGGCCUCCGGCUCUCACCCCGCUUGGCCUGGACGUGCCGGCACUUCGGACACCGGGACGUGCAUAUCCUGGAUAACUUCCCGCGGUAUGUGAGCGAGGGGUUUCCGGUUGCUAGUGGGGCAUUGGCUACCUCCGCGGCAGGAGGUUCCGAGGUCCAGGCGGCUGGGUACCCGGAACCACGGGAGAUCAACGCAGGGAAUGUGGUCUCCUUCGAGGAAUUAAGGCAGAUGAUUAAGGCUCAGCGGGACGGCAAUGGAGCGCAGGAGUUCCAGAUCCUUGAUGCGAGACCUAAAGAUCUCUUUACUGGCAACACGGGGGCCGGUGCGGAUGCGUCGGUACGGCUGGGCCAUAUGCCGUCGGCGAUUAAUGUGCCGUUUGCUUCUGUCUUGGGGUCUGAUAAGACUUUUCUUUCUGCGGAAGAGCUUAGAGAUGUGUUUACGAGAGCCGGCGUGAGGGAGGGCGUGCCCGCGGUGCUGACUUGUAAUACUGGUGUCACUGCUACGGCGCUGGAUUCCGCGCUGCGGGUUGCUGGUCUGCGCGUGGACACGAAGCUCUAUGAUGGGAGUUGGAGUGAGUGGGCUGACCGGGCUGAGGAGGAUAUGGUUGUUUCGUAGUUGUUCUGGGUAUAUUGUUACUUUACUUGGAAAUCGAUUUAGCUGCAGGCGAAUAGAUCGG